UGUUUGUUUUGUCUAUAAAUAGACAAGUGAUUAAAGAUAAUUCAGUCAAGUUACGAAUAACAAUGAGGUAUACCUCUCUUAAUACAAAUCGAUAACAUUACAAAUCGCAACUUAAUUUUCAAUUCUUAAUAUUAUUUACCAUUCAACGUUACGAUGGCGGAAACACGUGCUAUACUGUACGGGUUUUGGGCGUCAUCCUGUACGUGGCGCGUCAGAGCAGCCUUACACUUCAAAGGCAUUGCGUUUGAAGAGAAAUCAGUCGAUAUUGUUACUGAGCAAAAACAACUCACAGAUGAAUAUCGAUAUAUCAACCCAUCCCAAAAAGUUCCAGCACUAGUAAUGAAUGGUGAAACAAUUGUGGAAUCGAUGGCAAUUAUACAAUAUAUGGAAGAAAUAAAACCAGAAGCAAGCCUUGUUCCGACAACACCAAUUCUGAGAGCUCGUAUGAGAGAAAUUUGUGAGACUAUUGUAAGCGGAAUCCAGCCCCUGCAAAACAUCGGUCUAAAGAGGCGUUUCGAUUCAGAGCAUAAGUUCAAAGAAUUUGCCGAAUACUUUACGUCGCGUGGUCUAGAAAGUGUUGAGGAACUGCUUAAAAAAACCACCGGCCGCUUUUGUAUUGGCGAUCAAAUUACCGUUGCCGACUUGUGUCUUGUACCACAAGUUUAUAACGGGAUUGUGAGAUAUAAAAUGAACAUGGAAAAGUUCCCAAUUGUUUCCAGUGUAUACGAGCAUCUCUUGAAAGAAAAAACUUUUAUCGAGACUCAUCCAAAGAACAUCAAAUGAAAAGGAUAAUAAAGAGAAAUAAACUUUUCUAUAAGA